UCUAGUGUGGCCGACAUCCAUAGUCUUGCAGGGCUUGGGCCGCAUUAUGUCUCCUCUUUUCACUUCCUCGCUAUAGACUCCUGCUCAUUCCAUCAACAAGAGUAGUUGUGGUACGCCGCUGCAACUGCCAAGUUGUCAUCCAUCGUCCAUCCACUACAGGCUGGUAAGCACCGUCUUCCACAGUGGGUACCUCGUGUUCUUUGAGUGACCAGACACGUGCUUCCUGCUCCCCUCAACGGCUACUAUCUGACUGACGUGCGUCAUGUCCUCCAAGCCCAAGCUGUGGAAUAUCCUUGGCGACCGUGACGAGCGAGACAAACCAGCCACGAAAUCGGCGAAGAAUAAUCGAGAUAGAGAAAAGGACAAGGCGAAAGAGAAAGACAAGCGCGUCGCAAACCGCUCGUCCCAUGGAAAGAAGGCGAGCACGCCAACCAAGGAUCGCGACUCGGUUAUAACCGCCCACUCCACUUCAUCCACCUCGACUUCUCAGACUCGCACUCGUCGCUCGUCAAUGCCCGAAGUUGACAGCGCCCCCAGGUCCGCGGCGACCUCUUUUCUCGAGUCGCGAACUAGCCUCCCGUAUCCGACCUUCUCGAAAGCACAUAGCAAAGUAGAGCUAUGGGACAAGCACCAACGGGCGCAGAAGGGGGAAAUCCCGACGCCGGACCCUACCGAUGUUGCGGAUGGAGAUCAUCGCCGUGGUGAGGGCCGCAAGUCGUCGUCGCGAAAUGGCCAUCGUCAUGCUACUCCGCCGAGCCCGCCUCUCACCGCAGACCAGCGUUCGUCAAGGAAAGGAAGUUCGAUGGGUAGCAAGGAGCUGAAGAAUAAAGAGAAGGAGAGGGAUGGGAAACCCAGAAGUCGAAAAGAUCCAACGCGGUCAACGUCCAGCUUGGAGAGAAAAGUUGAUGAGGAAUCUGCCGUGAGUAGCAAGUCGCCUCUUUCAAGCACUCCAGUCAAGGUCCGACUACGAGAAUCGUCGACACCAAAUCGCUCGGCUAGUCAUAAGACUUCUAGAUCUACACUCCAGGGAUCUGAUGCGCCCAAGCGGACUUCAAGUCAUAGCGCAAAAACACAAAUACGUUCAACUGUUACAAACGGGACCGAAAGCACAUCGGAGUUCACAAACGACUCCGAUGCGACAUCGGUUGCCCCGAAUCAGCCGAAACCACCAUCACGGAUGCAAAAUCGCUCAUCUACUCCCCAGAGCCGCUUCGCCAGAAGGAACUCUCCCCAGAUUGAAGUGUUCAUGGAAGGAAAUGAGUCUGUUGUCAAUGGCGAACACUACGCGUCUUCCCCACCUCCACCGCCACCUCCUCCUCCUCCCCCGGAGAUGCCUAUUGCUCCUCCACGAGUGGAUUACUUAUUACAAAAUGGCGGUUUAGCCUACCCACUACCAAAACAUUUGCUCGGGGCGGGUCAGUCACCAAAUAUGCCUCACCAGCUCACCCAGCCCCAAAACGCCGUCAUUCAAGUAUUCGAACCAUUCAAUCGCAUACUAGAUGACUACAACCAUGUCAUGGAAAAGAAUGGCUCUCUUGCAGUUGCAACAGGCUAUCGAUCUGUGGCCAGGCGUCUACUGGACCGACUAGAGGCUGUUUUUGCACGAGAUAUCUCCUCCGAGGCUUGCCAGUGUAUCAUGUGUGAAGAUGAUCAAUUAGGUGAGAUGUCUCCUGGUGUUAGCUGGGGGGAAGUGUUGGAAUUGGUCUCUGGGCGACGGGAACUGCCCAGCUGGCCGCCGUUCCACAUGGCAGCGUCGGUGAAGGCUCAGAUGGUACCAGGCGAGGAGCAUAUCCCAAUGCAGAAGCUUGAUAUUGAUGUCCCAGAAGAAUAUCGCGAGCAUUAUGUCCGUCAGUCCCGCAAAACCAAGCAAUCAGUCGAUAAAUGGCUUCUCGGUCAAACUGAGAUGAGCCCACCGGAGGAAGUAGAUGACGAGACAUUGACUUUUGCGAUGAUGACCUACUUAGACUCGGCAAAUCGAGACACCUUCUGCGCUCUUCUUGGCAUCAAGUCAGCGACCCCAGUCCCUGGGAAUGCUACGCCAGCUCCUCGGUCCCGCCCGGACUUUUUAAUUGCUUCUUCUAUAGCCAUACAGCGUUUGUACCGGCUCGCCGCACCUGCUCGAGAAUCCGAAACUGCGCUCUAUAUGCUCAAUAACCCUUACAUCCACAACGUCUUGGCGACGCUGGCAGCAAUCAGCAAUGAUGAAUGGGAGAUCCUUAUUUCAGGCCGUUUUGAUGGGUUCCUGCGAAGCGGUGCUGAGGACAACUUCAGCCCAUCCAUGACGGCCUCAGCUCCCCCAAGAUCUGCUAGCCGAUCUGGAACGCCCUUCCUCCCUGGAUCCUCUCGCGGAACAACUCCAUUCCAAAUGGACCCAACACUCCGACCAGUCAGUCAACCUUAUGGAUCAUCCGUUGCAUCUGCCUCCUACGGUGCCCCCAUCGCACUCGACGAAGAUACAGAAAUUGCAUCUCUAGCCGAAAUCGAGAGGGACAUCUACCAAAGCAUGGAAGCUCUUGAAGAUGCCUUCGAGGCGCUCCAUUGCAAAGCCGAGGUCAUUCGACGCAAACUUCGCGAGCGAGGCGCUGGCCUGUCAGUCGCCAACCAAGCCCGUCGCGGAUCCGCUGCCAACCUUGAUGCGCGAAUGGGCACCCCCGCAUCUAUGUUCGGCGGUCAGUGGGACAGCAGCGGCUUGGAUGAAGACGACGGCAUCGACGAUGACAUGUCGCUCGCCCCCGACGACUCCGCAAGCAACAUCAGCUCCAGCCGUAGGCGCCGACCGAAAAGACGUAGCGAGCGCCGCACCCCGGCGCCUGUAGAAGAAGAAGAUGAAGAAGGGGACUAUGAUGUAUACGAAUCCCGACGAGAUCGACGCCGGUAGUCGUAUACUCGCUUACCUUCUACAAACGGUUAAAGAAACAGUUUUGUGCUAGCAGUCCAACAGCAUGCAUACUACUUUUUUGUGUGA